AUGGGAGACCUUCUCUGGGCUUUGCAGAUAAUCCAGUCCGGGGACACAGAACUGGAGAGUAUUUCCUUCUAUCAGACCCAGUCCACCUCGAACUCGUAUCAAGAAACAGAGAAAUCGGUGAGCAUCAACAUUGCCAGAAACGACAUCAGUACUCAAUUCUUCAGUCGAUUUUUGAAUGAGCUUGCCAUGCAAAGGGGCAAUUGGAAAAGUCUAACAAACUUGUCAUUUCAUGGAGUGGAAUGGCAGCAGCAGCUGCAAUUGCAAAUCCUAUGCACGUGGCUGAGCAGCAGCAACUCUGGUGUGAAGCAGCUUGAAUUUCAAAAGAAUACUUUCGGCGUAGAAGAUUAUCCUAAGCUAUCAGAAAUGCUCAAAAGAAACACUACAAUCAAGGCGAUCAUUUUCUCCGAGUGUAACCUUCAGUCUACCGGAGCUAGGCACCUUGCUUCUGCAUUGGCAGAAAAUGACACAGUGGAAGAAUUGCAAAUAUGGGAGGACUCUGUCGGCUCGGAAGGUGCAGAGGAGCUUUCCCGAAUGAUUGAGAUGAAUUAUGCACUGAAGUUACUGCUGAUACUGGACAAGGAUCCCGUCACCGCAACUCCUUUGAUAUCUGCGACUAUAGCAAGGAAUCGAACCACGGAAUUGCACAUAUGGGGCGGAGAAUCUACGGAUAGCAAGCGCUUCAAAGUAGUCGAAUUCAUGCCUGAGACGAGCACACUUAGGAUUUACAAAAUUAACUCUUCAGGCUCUCGGAGAGUAGCUUGCGCCUUGGGAUGGAACAUAACAGUGGCCACCCUUGAUAUGACAGGCAUCCCGCUGCAAUCAAAGUGGGCUAAAGAGUUUGCAGGGGCUCUAGAGCAAAACAAGAGCCUCAAGAAAGUUAAGCUGUCAAGAACUUGUCUUAAAGACAAAGCUAUAGUAUACAUCGGUGCUGGGCUCUUCAAGAACAAAUCUUUAGAGAACUUAUGGGUGGAUGGGAAUUGGUUCGGUGGAGUCGGGGUAGAGCAUUUACUAUGUCCUAUCAGCAGGUUCUCACCGCUGCAAAGCCAAGCCAAUAACACCCUAAAAUCAUUAACUUUCGGGGGAGGGAAGACGAGAAUAGGUAGAUGUGGCAUAACAGCAAUCCUGCGCUUGUUGGAGACGAAUCAAAGCAUGGUCCAAUUAGUCAUUUGUGAGGACAGAAGCAUGAAACCAAAUGAUAUUGCUAGAAUCUUCAGAAGCUUGGAAAGGAAUGCAACCAUAAGGUUCCUUUCAUUGACAGGUUGCACAGGAGUAGAAGGGGAUGUAGUCUUACAAACAAUCAUGGAAACAUUGCAGGUCAAUCCUUGGAUCGAAGAAAUUGAUCUCAGUGGAACACCUUUGCAGAUUGCAGGAAAGGCAGAUGGAAUAUAUGAGAAGCUGAUACAAAAUGGAGCGCCGAUUCCUGAAAAUGACUUGCUAACUGAUCUGCCUCAAACCAUGCCUACAUGCUGCCGAUUAUUCCUCUGCGGUCAAGAACUUGCAGGAAAAACCACUCUUUGCAACUCCAUAUAUCACAACAUGAAUGCAACAGACUCACAAUACAUGGAUCGGAUAAGGAGUCUAAUAGAGCCAGUUGAGAAAAUUGCAGGCGCGCCUGAUAUCAAGAUAAGGACUAUUCAUGAUGGUGACAUGACAAUUUCAAUUUGGAACCUUGCUGGUCAGCACGAAAAUUGUGCACUGCAGGAUCUCAUGUUUCCAGGUCAUGGAAGUCCUUCCUUUUUCCUUAUAAUAUCCAGCUUGUUCCGAAAGCCAGCAAAUAGGGAUCCAAAAAGCCCAACAGAGAUCGAAGAAGACCUGCUAUACUGGCUCAAGUUCAUAGUCUCAAGUUCAAGGAGAACGUUGUCACGAAUGCUCCUACCACAUGUCUCCGUGGUUCUCACUCACUCCGAUAAAGUGUGCCAUCUAUCAGGAGACCUGCAUUCAACUGUUGCUGCAAUCCAAAGGCUAAGGGAAGACUUUCGAGAUUACAUCGAUUUCUACCCAACAGUUUUCAGCGUGGAUGCCAGAUCAUCAACUUCUGUAAGCAAACUCACUCACCACAUACGAAAGAUUAGCAGAACUAUCGUGCAAAGAGCUCCUCAAGUUUACCGGUUCUGCAAUGACCUAAUAAAUCAUUUAAAUGACUGGCGCUCGAGGAACUAUGGUAAACCCAUAAUGAGAUGGAAUGAGUUUUGUGAUUUAUGCCAACUUAAAGUUCCAGCCGUAAGAAUCAGAUCAAGGCAUGAUAAUAUGGAGAAGCUGAAUAAUCAAAGGCAUGCACUAGCAAGCUCGCUACACAAUAUGGGACAGAUAAUUUUCUUCGGGGAUCUUGGUUUUCUAAUCUUAGAUUGUGAGUGGUUCUUCAGAAAUGUGCUCAGCCAGCUUACAAACUUAGAUGCAAUAAGAAUUACCCAAAAUGAAAAAAAUGGUUUCAUCAGCAGGAAAGAAUUGGAGAAAGUUAUAAGACUACGGUUGCAAAAUCAGGUUCUUACAACUGGUCCAAAAGUUUUUGACAAUUUAGAAAUUAAUGAUCUAAUAAAUAUGAUGCUGAAGCUAGAGUUGUGCCAUGAACAAGAUCCUGGUGAUCCAAACACUCUACUUCUAGUACCAGGGAUUCUACAGGAAACAAGAGGAAGAACACAAAAGUGGCAAUUGAGCACUCCUGGGUGUGUUUAUGUAGGAAGGCAUUUAGAAUGUGACGAUUCAAAGCAUAUGUUUCUGACAAACAGCUUCUUUGCAAAACUACAGGUACACCUCUACAACAAAAUUCUGCGGUCAACAAACCAACAAGGUGCAACCUACAACCUGGAGAAAUACCUAAUCUACGUAGUCAUCAAUGGAAUCCAUCUGAGAGUGGAGCUCGGAGGCCAGCUUGGCCACCAUAUCGACAUUCUUGCAUGUUCCACCAAAACCAUCAGUGAGAUCCUAAGGGUCUUCCACCAGCUCAUUAUCCCAACAAUUCUAAGUUUGUGCCCGAGCAUCACCUUCAUCGAAAGCAUUAUAAGACCAGAAUGCGUCAAGCACCUAAUACCACCGAGAUUCAGAAGAGCUCAGCAUGUGCCUCUUCAACAUCUAAAGCAGAUUCUACUUUCUUUGCCAGCGGAUAGCAUGUAUGAUUACCAGCACACCUGGAGCUCAGUGGAAAAUGAUUGCAAACUUAUCUUGAAGUCAGCCUCUGAUUAUGGUAGAGAUCUACUUUCGGAUGAGGAUAUUCGAGAAGUACUACAUCGACGUUAUUACGAUCUACAUCAUCUAGCUAUUGAGCUUGCGCUGCCUCAGGACAAAUUGCAUGAGCGAGAAAACAAUGUUGCUGCUGUGGACGUAAAUAGCCAUGAACUAGACACUAUUGAACCUUCCAUAUUGGGCAUUGCCAAGGGUGUUGAGAUAGUCCUGCAGAGACUGAAGACUAUAGAGCAAGGGAUCAAGGACCUGAAACAAGAGAUUCAGGGGUUGAGGUAUUACGAGUAUCACCUCCUGACUGAGCUUCACAAUAAAGUGGAUUACUUGGUGAACUACAAUAUCGAACUACAAGAACGAAAGGUGCCCAAUAUGUUCUAUUUUGUCCAGGUUCAAGAUUACUCGAAAAGGCUAAUUACAAGAUUAUUUUCUGGCAUGGCAGCAUUAAGACUGCACAUGUUGUGCGAGUUUCGGAGAGAGAUGCACGUCGUGGAUGACCAGAUAGGAUGUGGCCUCAUUCAAGUAGACAACCAAACGGUCAAAUGCUUGCUUCCUUAUAUGAGCAAGUUUAUGAAAUUGUUGACAUUUGCCCUCAAGAUAGGAGCACAUUUUGUUGCGGGAAUGGGAGAAAUGAUACCUGAUCUCAGCAGGGAAGUUGCUCACCUACUGGACCCUUCACUUGUUUACGGUGCCACAGCUGUCACUGCAGGGGCUUUAGGAGCUGUGAUGAUUGGAAAAGUAGGAGGAAACAGACUAAGAAGAAGGAAUUUUGACAAUUCAACAGGUGAUAUUGCGCAAGACAUGAAAGCAGCUAGACAGUGGCUUGCAGAUUUCUUGAAAGGCCAACGAAUUACUACUGGGACAGACAUAGCAGAGAGGUUUGGUUUAUGGAGGGUGAGGUAUACGGACAGUGGGCAGAUCGCAUGGAUUUGUAGGAGACACAUUACAAUGAGAGGAAACGAAGUUAUUGGCGUACCUCUUUAAAUCACCUUGCCCACACUGUCAUGCAUCAUUAACUAUAACCUACUGAAAUGCACUUGAAAAACCUCCAAAAACUUCUCUCUCCUGACGGCGGAAAAGAGUUGUCAAUACUACCUUUGCCUAAAUAAAUAACACAGUUAUAAACUGGUCUGCUUAAAUUGAUUACUUUCUUGUAUUUAAUGAACAAAUAAUACAUGCUUCCUAUUUUAUAGAUAAUCAAGUAUACACAACUUAAUGCUUCUCAGCUAGAUAUCAUUGUGCAUUGACACUACUAUUUGUGAGAUAAUGCAGUCAAUGUUAUGAAAUUAUGAUGAAAUAUGCUCUUCCUCUUUAGGCUGUAAGAUUAUGGUGAUUCCUUAUGUAAUUCAUUAAUAAGGUAAAAUAAAUUUAAAAGCAUGAGUAUGAUGCAUCAACUUAGUCACGAUUCUAUUCAAUCGUAUUAAAGCAGCAAUCAUGAAGAUGGGAUUACUUUGUUAUGUUUAUUGCUUGUCAACUUCUGUUAGUUCUAACUCCUAGUUUGGAAUAAAAAAUGAACUUUCACAAAUUGCUAAGCUUUCUUGUACGAUUUUCAAUGAUCUGAAUGUAUAACAUAGGAGAGUGAUAAGAAGUAGAGUUCAACUUUAUAUAAAAAACAUCUACAGGUCUGGUUCUUAUAAUUUCCUAUAUUGAUGAUCAUUCAACAAAGAAAGACUAAAUUAACCUAAAGAUUAACCAAAUUUUCAAUGGUUUACUAAAUGAACUUAGUUCUUGAUCUUAUGCAAUUCUACCAAGUAUCUCUUUGGCUCUGCUGCUACUUUUUCGCUUCCAACCAUACUGAUCAUCUAUAGUAAAGCUUUUGGCAAUAAGAAUUCUGAAGCUUCGAUUACAGUGAACCUACGGAUCUCUCACCAUCAGCUUGGCCACCUCUUGCAGAUCUUCUUAACUUACAUCAGAAUUAAGACUGAAAGAUGGAUGGCCACAAUUUGACUUAUAGUAAGCUAUACAUGGAUCUGCUUAGGUGAUUGGGUGGUACCCCCCUACCUAUCAUUGCCAGAUUCAAUACUGUCCAGAUUAUGUGUUGAGAAUUACAAACACGCCACGAAUAGAACCCAUGGAAAUGCAAUACUAAAGUAAUUAUGAAAAUGUGGACACCUAAGAGAUAAGGUAAUAAAGGCGAACACCAAUGAAUGAGACAUACACAUGGAUAUAGAGAUCCAAACAUGUUUUUCAAAGAAAAACACAACCAAGAGUAACAAGCAAAGUUUAUCCACUCUUCUAUUGAAAAACUCUAGAUUGAUGGUCAAGGCGUAGGGAUGUGCUGUAGGAGCAACGGAAGGUAACUAGGCCAUCAGUGUAUAUGCACGAAAACAAGAAUGUAAAGUAUUGAAAAGAGCUGCUAAGAAUUCAUACAAUCACAGUAACUUCAUGCUGGCGACGAUAGGCUUCUGCAGAAGCAGUCCCAUAUCAAUUAAUCCAUGUCCUCGGGAAGAAACUUUUGGAUUUUGUGCAUUUAGCCCACAACUGUAUGAUCCCUCACCAAAAUUCGGUGGAUCACUGCUCGAAUGCGAAACGCUACAUUUAACUUCUGAAUGGUGGAAAAGUUUUGUGAAGAUUAUCAGCCAGGAAUCAUCAACAUUGUGUGCAUGCACAAAUGUGCAUUCGUUAAUCAUCAACCUCUAUAUUAUUU